GUGUGUGAUGCGGCGGCUGCGCUGUGGUAGCCAGGAGUCAUUGCUAAGCGCCGGCUGUGUGUCGUCUCUGGAGCUCAGGAUGGACCAAUCAGUGAUCAUCAAACCAGUUCACUCCUCCCUGCUGGGACAGGACUACUGCUUUGAGGUAACGACAUCGACUGGAACAAAGUGUUUCUCCUGUCGGUCGGCAGCAGAGAGAGAUAAAUGGAUGGAGAACCUGAGGAGAGCGGUUCAUCCCAACAAAGACAACAGCAGGAGGCUGGAGAACGUUCUGACGGUGUGGGUGAUCGAAGCCAAAGACCUGCCCGCCAAGAAAAGGUAUUUCUGCGAGCUGUGUCUGGACGACAGUCUUUAUGCUCGGACGUCGUGUAAACUGAAGACUGACAACAUAUUUUGGGGCGAGCGUUUCGACUUCAGCAGUCUGCCAUCCAUCAGCGCCGUCACUCUUCACCUCUACAAAGACACCGACAGGAAGAGGAAGAAAGACAAGAGCAGCUACGUAGGAUUGGUCAACAUCCCCGUUGCCACAGUGACCGGCAGACAGCUGGUGGAGAAGUGGUAUGCAGUGAGCACGCCCAGUACCAGCAGAGGAAAGUCGUCUGUGCCGACGGUGCGAAUCAAAGCUCGCUAUCAGAGCAUCGUCAUACUGCCGAUGGAGCAGUACAAAGAGUUUGCCGAGUACAUCAGUUCCAACUACCUGCUGCUGUGUAACACUCUGGAGGCCUCCAUCAGCCUGAGAGCUAAAGAGGAGCUGGCUGCUGCUCUCGUCCACAUCCUGCACAGCACCGGCAAGGCCAAGGACUUCCUGACGGACCUGAUGAUGUCGGAGGUGGACCGUUGCCGUGACAACGACCAGCUGAUCUUCAGAGAAAACACGCUGGCAACAAAGAGUAUAGAGGAAUACCUGAAGCUGAUUGGACAAAAGUACCUGCAGGACGCCCUCG